CCCGUGUUUAAUGUUGUAUAUAGAGGACGACGAGACGAAUAUAAUUGUGCAUCACAUUGAGCCUUGUGAUCCUGGUGCACCCGUGCCGCCUUGUCCUGGACUAUUGGAGGAUUUGAUGACGUAUCUAAAAGAAAUCCCCCUUGAAGAAAUCGAGAUACCGGACGAGUUGAUCACAAAGGUGAGAGCGAACUGGAGAAAACUUGAUAAGGCGGUGGUGUCCUUAACAGCUCUGGCGAAGGAAUACUGUGAAGAGCUGUUUGUUCGCGACCCGGUAUACCGGCAUAAGAUCAGCGAUGUCCGGUGCAACAGACGCCUGUACCUCCCGCGUAUCACAGAAAUGCUUGCUGGCUCCGACCCGGAACCUCGAAAAGUGUUUUGUCAGAUUUUAUUGAAACAGUUAGACAUUCAAACGUUGAAGCUUGUUAGCGACAACCUGGACUUGAAAAAAAUCGAGCAUUUCCGGAAGUAUUCGGCAUUAGCACGACUCGAACAUGCCGUUCAGCAGUUUUGUGAAGUUGCGUCGCCGACAGAAAAACACGACAGUUUGUCCGACGAGUUCAGGCAAACUCGAAGAUGUGUGAAUAAUACUGUGAUUGCGACGUCCGCGACGGCGUUAGUGGGCGGCGUCCUUGCGGUCGCCGGAAUAUUAGUAACGCCGGUUGCGGCCGGACUCUCGUUAGGACUGACACUUUCCGGUGGUGUGAUCGGAUGCGUCAGCGCCGCAACGCAGAGCGGCUUCCGAAUCCACGAAGCGGUCAAGGAGAAAAGAGUCGUCGCCGGCAUCGAAAAGGAGCUGAUGGCAUCGGAACGCGCGGUGGAAAAAUCAAUGGCGGAAGUCUGUGAACUGUUCAGUGAUUUUCACGACAUCUCUCUCAAGGGCAAACCUGCUUCAACGGAAACGAGCUUGGCGCGAGGUGCAUUCUCCGUUGGAUCUAUCUUUCGCAGCAUGCACAGUUUCGUUGGCGUGGCGGUGUCGACGGCCAGCGUCGGCGCCGGCGCCGCGGUAGCUACGGCGUCGGUGUUUGGGCCGAUUGGAUUGCUCCUCGAUGUCGGACUUAUGGCGGAGGCGAUACGUAACAAAGUCCGUGGCAACAGAACUAAAGCAGGGAAGGCAUUGGAGUGCUUGGGUGCUUUCCAGACGGUAUUUGGAGCACUGCUUAGAGGCAACGUCGACACAUCCGUCAAUAUCAUUGAAUCGCCGUCGUUUGCGGCUGUCGACCGCCGCUUGUCGAAGAAAUACAGUACUAUGUAACCUUACAAUUCGUGCGUUGCAGUUCGUUUAAAUGUUACGCUUGUUUAUUUAUCACAUAUAGGCCAAACAUCGCAUGUAUUUUAUAUACACUUCUUUUUGCCUUCCUACGCUGAAAUUUAUUGUUUGACAACUUUCGUUCAAAGAGUUAAACAAAGGAAUCAUAUAACACAUGAAUAUUAACACGUAAAUAUUUU